AUGGUGGUCAUUCGAAAUGAUUUUGUGGGCGCAGAGGAUCGUAGUGAAUUUCUAUCUGUGGAGUGGGAAACUCACGGUAAGUAGACAAUCAUUGAUCUAAAUGAUGCACCAUAGUUGACAGUACGGGUGCUAGUUAAAAGCUUUUAGCUAGUACCUCUGCUGUUAGGCACAAUGUAGUGUGUAGUCUAUGUACAUACUACCUACCUAUGUUGGUGGUUUGUAUAAAUUACGCGGUUACCCCACUGUGGCUGAUGGGUUUCGCCCCGAAUGAUCAUAUUAACUUCGGUCUGAACCUACAGGGCUAAAUGCAGACUGAUUUACUACAAGUUAGCAUUUGAUUCCUCGGGAAGUUAAAGAUCCGCAAAAAUCAUGGACCCCUGUGGGAGGAGGGGAAACUGCCUCCUGAUGUCAGGUAAAGACAACUCCAGCAUCCCGUCGCACUUUCUUUGGACGUCCGCGUCAGCGGAAGGAACAUCCCUAUAUUUCAUUCGAUAUUUCCAGCAUGGAGAAGCGGAUCAUGUUAAUGUCUAACUUACGUCGAUACACUUCAUGCGCAACCAAAGGUGUUCUGCAUUUCUCCAGCUAGCUGCGGUCUUCUUCAAAGGGAUACGGUCAUCGUAGUCAUUUCCGUAACGUUGUGUUUAGCGUCGAGACAACCAAGGAUGGUAUUUUGUACGAAACAAGUUGUGGGCUAGCACGGAUCUCAUGAGGAGAAACACUUGGGUGCUUUGAAAACUCUGCAGUGAACAACAAGGCAUAAAUUUAGAUCUUAGCAGCCUCUUCCUGCAUAUGAACACCUGUUAAACUUGAAACUUAUAGAAGAGUAAAGAUGCCUGUUAAUAAAAUCCAUUUUUACCAGUGUCAAAUUCAUAAAAUCGCAAGAAGAUUGAGUUUUUCACCGGGCCUUACCCCGCUUUGAAACAACGAGAAAAUUAGCCUUCAGUUUGCAUCAGAGCUUCACAAAUAGUACAAGUCAUAAAAGUUCUUUUUCACAACACGAAGCAACAGCGUGGUGACUGCCUUUCUGGCCGUCGGGUACCAGCCCAUAUUGCGACAUGUUGGCGUUUCGUGAAGCUGUUGCUUCCUCCGAACGAAGUUCCAGACCUCUCCCGACUCGUCUGAUGUAAAGGGUUUGUUUCACAUUCACGGAGUCCCUGCAGUUGAGUUAAAACUUGAAAGACCUGUUAACCUGCUCUUUUUUACUGUAUGAUUCUCAGUUCAUUUCGGAGUGCCCAGCAGUCGUGUAUUUUCGAUUGAAUGUACAAUGUGAGCUUCAAAAGAAACAAACCCGAUUGCUCGUCUCCAAAUUCGAGGUGACUACCCAGCAUCUGCAAUUAUUUCUUUUCUGCGAGUAGAAAUGGUUGACCGAUCUAGUAAAAAUCCACUCCUUACAAUUUCACAAACAUGACCGCCCUUCCGCGGCAGAGUUUAAGCAUUUGUUCACCCCUUAACAAUGUUGUCUUUGUAUUCGUCGCGUCCCAGUCGUCUCUGAAAGUAUUCUUCGAAAGAUCCAUUAACGUACGUAAAGUUUAGAAAUUUUAAUUUAAUUUUCAUUUAAGUUUGAUCUAAUUAAAUUUAAUUCUUAAAUUUUUAAAUUUGAAUUUUUUGAACUGACUUGGGAGAUUGAUUAGUGGAAGCCUCAAGGCCGACAUUUGUAACUUGACAACAUAGUCGCCUAGAGCAGAAAUAAAUAAAAACAAAAAAGCAAGAGCGGAGGAGCAUGGGGGACGGAAUGACCAAAAAUUAUCACGCCAUGGUCGGCGUUGCUAUGUAAUUUACCUAUGUACAUGAAUCAAGUCUUACAUUCUGCAAAUGAUGCAGAUUUCUAACUGUAGGAUCACAGCUGAUGUCUCAAAAGACCGGUUUUGGGUCAGUGGACAGUCUACUACACUGUGGAUAUCGAAAUGACGGCGGAAGCACCUUAUGUUGUACUGUAAAAAAAAACAUUUGGUCGUAUGGUAGAGGGACGCUUGCCUCCCUUGUCUUUGCUGGUAAUGUUAUUUGGGUAUGUGUUUGAUUGAUGCCGACGCCAGCUAAAUCCUGAUGCGCAUGAUGAACUUACAUUAUCAUGGACAUAUGAGUUCGUGGUCAACGUUUUGUGUGAAAUUUACGGAUAGUUGAUCCUUAUUCAUUUCCGUCAGGAUAAUUCUGUCAUGGCUGAGUACUAAAGGACGAACUGCUUUGUGGUUUAUACUUUUGGGCUAACACCCGCCUGUUUAUAGCUGCCACAAACUUUUCAAAAUGGUUAUUAUGCGUUUGUGAGAGUAUUUCUCGAUAUAUUCAUUAUUCGCAAGAGUAUUUUUGAAUCAGUCAUGUUUGGCAUCCGAUGCGCACACAAAGCAUUUCACCCAAUACUAUUCCUAUGGGCCGCACUUACCCAUAACAGGGACAUUCUCAUCUUUUUCCUUCUUCCUGCCCAUUACUAACUGUUAAUUACACAAUAAAUUUAUAGUGAACAUUUUGCAUUACCCGAGAAAAUUGUCCCGAGGCUUGGGGAAACAUGGAGCAGCAUUUUAAUUUUAUCCCAGAAGUACAUGCAUUUUCUAUUUUCCGAAGGAUACAGCUCAGAAGCGAUGCGGUCACAGGGUGGAAUACGCGAAAAUGAUUAGGUUAUAAAAUCAAAGGUGGAGGGAUCGGAAUCAUCAGAGCGCAAAGCUAGGCCCUGCGAAAUCACAGGGUGGUGUCAGAACGCACCGGAACGACCACUGGUUGAUUUACCUGAGUGGAUGACUUAGCGAGAUUCACGUUCAAGUCCACCCGUCCAUAGCCGUUAGUGUGCACUGAUCAUGACCAUCGGAGGGCAGAUGUUGGGCACGCGCUAUCUUAAGUCAAGAGACAAAUCCCAGGGGAGUUGUGCGGUGCGGCCGCGCCUGAAGUCAGGCAUUCACGGGUUUGCGUGAGUGUGCUGUCGCAGUGCUGUCUCCUUCAGUCUAGUCUCCGAAACAUGACAUGCGAGUCAUCACUGUUGGAAACCGAAAUUUGGUUUGCCUCACGCCAUACGCAGUACUCUUGCGCCCACCUAAUAGCAAUGAAAGUCUUCAUAUCAUGCGGAUAACUAACUUUCACCAAGCUAUCCACGACUGAGGGAGGUUAGAAAGCUGUCAGCGCAGUGGCCGUCGUAAUCGGUCACAUCGAAGGAAGGCAUAAAUGCAGGCUGCCAAGUCUAACUUAGAGUACAUUUAUGGUGGAAAUGGGCAUAGCGGGACCGGGAAUAGGGUCCGUUUGAAUAAGUGCAAAUAAGUUGUAGAGAGGCAACAAAUGCAGCGGGCUCAUCUGCCUAUUACGCUGCUUUGUGCAUCUGAAAUUUAACGCUGCGAAACCUGUCCUGAAACUCGGAGAACUGAGGUGAGAAGACAUGGCAUCUCGUGCGCAUAUUUGACUCUAAAGGAACUAUCUGCCUUUUAGGGUUACUGGGAAGCUGGCAGCGCCUAAUCUGGAGCUUGAGCGGUUCAGAGUUUUAAAAAGUGCUUUUACAUGUCAUUAUCUUAAAUAAUAGAAGUACGUAUUUGUUGUUAGGGCUCCCACGAGUACGCAGUUUAAAUCAAAAAACCAGAGUCCAAUAGAAAGCCUUGGAGAAUAAACCGUACGAACAUACAAGCAAAACAAAAGAUGUCUGUUGGCCUCUUUGUGUGUAGAGGACAUCAGAAAUGGGCGGAAGCUUCCCUUUUCAAUGGACACAGCGAACCCAAAAAUCUUUUUCACUGCCAACCUACAAGCGUUGAGUGAAUGAGUGCCUCGAUUUUGACAACUUAUGUUUUGAACAUUGCCCACUAUUAGACGCAGGAAGCUAAACAGACCGUUAGAGUACCGGAUAACACCAUUACAAUUUCUUGAGAAGUUGCUAUCUUGUACAGUGAGACGAAAAGUGCGGUGUCAGAUCUACGCUGCAGUAACAUCCAUGUUAGAAAAGCUUUCGAUUUGUUUAGAUGCUGCCAAAACUACGGCAAGUAAAAGCAACCUUAAGUUAUCUUACACCUGCGGUCUGACAUUGCUUUACCGGACGUUUGUGACGCUUUUUCAGCAUUUCAGGUCUGUCACGUCAGUAAGCUCGGCUUCAAAAUCGACCCCCGUCGAAAUCACACCAGAUGAUGCCAAGACCCGGUCCUACGCUUCACCCUGUUCCCUCAAGUUCUUGUAGGGAAACUUCCUGACCGAGGGGCGGUUGUGUCCAAUCCCUCUAACUACCCUACCACCGAUCUCAUUUACCGCGCCUGCGACAAGGGGAGUGAUAAGCGUUUUCUUUUCGACUCUGACACAUAUCAGUCCGGAAGAAGGCGGUCCCGUUGGCAGCCCGCCAGCCGGCACGUCAACAGUUUGCUGAUUAUGAAAUGGCCUUUAGCUUAGAUUAGCUAUGAAAUAAGAAGGCUCUCGGGUCUGGUGAAGGAGCGGCCGCCGACCAGCAAUGACAGUGCAACCAAGGCGUGGAGGUCUAAGCUCCGGCAUGCCGACAGCCAAGUCCGACGACGGCAGUGGCAUGACACGCUUAAAUGUGUUUGCUUGCUAUCGUUGCGCUGUGGUCAAGUCCUUGAGACAAAGUGCUGGAGCAGGCAACAGACAGGCAACAGACGAUUUUAACGAUUUUUUACUGCAACAGGUGAUUUGUGUACUGCCAACGUGGGAAUCAGUCAAUGCCCGGUCGGCUUACGCAUGACUGAAGAGGCACCUUGCGAACAUCUCUGUCGUUUCCGUCUACAGACCAAUGUCAGCCGUGGACCAACUCGAAAAGGAAGCCUUCUAUCCUCAAGUGCAAAAGUUAAUUGAAUUAGUCUCUCGCUUCUUGUUACUGGGGACUGGAAUGACUAUGAUGGACCGGGCGACUCUUAAACAGUACCUUAUUGGUUUGUUUCGGUUUUGCUUUCGAUGCUCUAAUGUGCUGAAUUUCGUUGACCAGGACCGGCAUUUUGUCAACAGCAGGUGCUCCCAGCACCCUCACAAACAUCUACUAACUUGGUAUUUAAAGAAUUGCCGUACGGCCAGUCAGACUAGAGAUAUUCUGGGUGGUUCAAAGUUUCGUGGAGGGGUUCGUGAUAGCAGAUCGAUACGUGGUGUCAAAACUGCCAACGCCUACUGAUUAGACCACGUUCUCGCCCGCAAACAACCAAAAGUUCGCGUCCUAUCCGCACCCAGAUUUUCAACUUGCAAGACGCCUUGAUGUCACAAAACAGGGCCCUGAGCACAAAAAGUUCGUUCUUGACCUACACCGUGGGUCAACGGAGAAGGCAGUAGCAAAUGUUCAUUGCUGAAGUCGUUGGUAUACGAUGCAACAGGAAAUUCCUGAAUUAAAGCAACGGCAACAGUGUCCGAACCAGCAGAAGAACCUGGCAGUUGUCCACCCAGGCAGGUCAAGCCGGCUUUUUCAGAGAGGAUUCUCUCCGCCAACUCCGCAGAAUGACAGCAAAGUCAGCUAGAAAUGAGCACAAUAAAGACUGGGCUAAAAUACCCACCUUCAUGUAACAGGCACCAAAUGCUGGUAACACUCGCAAACUCUGCCAAAUUAUUCGGCAAGUUAGUGAUAGACUCUCUGCGCGACUGGGCCUGCGUGCGAUGUGGAUGGGAUCAUCAUUGUCGAAAAGUCAGCCAGGGUCUCGCGUUGACGUCAGCAGUUCGAGCACCUUUCCAACUUUAAUGAUCAAUCCGUCGCAUUCUAGCUAUUGACUGCAGCAGAAUCCUGCCUCUCUCCAACCCAUGUGGGUCAUAUUGUCCCGUUUUCAGGGAUAAAUCUCCCAUGAAAUAUCGAGGCUGCAAAACAACAAGACGCCCAGAGAGCACGGUAUUUCCACUGUUAUCUUUACAUAUUGAUUCGACGCUGGCACCCAGGCUGUAUGAGGCAAUUGAGAAAGCUUGGGAAAACGAGGUCAUCCUGGAUUACUGGAGCUAAUGUAUUCUUGUGCUCGUUUUUACAAAAGGGGAAAGUGCGAGAAUUACUGCGACAUGAGCCUUAUCGAUGUUGCUGAAGGAGUCUUCCUCGUUGUCCACCUCGCCCCAUCAGUGCGCGAGUUCAGGUCCGCAAAACUCUUCGAUUCUCAGAAGGACUCUACGUGGUUUUGACGGUAACGAAUUCGCACCCGACAGGACUGACUGAUUUCGACUACACUGGUGACAUCGCCCUCCUAGCCCUAAACUUAGAUGACUUACAGACUAUGACGGGGUUAAAUGAAGUCGCCAAAUCGGUUGGUUUAUCAGUAAGCGUUAGGAACACCAGUGUUUUCCAGCUCAUUCAUGACCAGGCGAAUAUACCACUUAUGAUUAGUAGCUGUCAACUUAAAGAAGCACAGUUUCCAAUAAAUCAACGCGAUUCUGCCGCCGAAUGGAUGGAGUAAGGAUAACAUCAUUUCCCAAAUCGCGCAUUUCGCGGCUUUCCACAACCAUUAGGAAGCGUUCAUGGACCCGUAACGAUAUGUCCAGCCCCACAACGCUCUGCGCGCACCGUUCAUCUUCCGGGUCAAUCCUCUUAUACGAUCGAGAAUGGUGAGCUCUCCCUGGAUGAUAGGCGAAAACUAGACGUGUCUCGCUUAAUUUCCAAGGCAAUUAAUAUGCGCGCUUGGAGUAACUCCUUCGAAACAAAGUUUCUUAGGCUCGGUUCGAAAGUUCAUACCUGAAUAUUCAAGCCGAACUCCAUCACCUACUGCGAAAUAGCCGCGUAAUAUUCACAAGCUGACAGCAAGCUGUCAGUUUUAUAUUAAAACUAUGUGGUAUACCAUGCUGACAGGACAGAUACUAGCUAAAGGCCCAGACACGCGUUUCGCCGAUUUUGUGCCGAUGCAGCGAAGGUCGGGUAUAAGCGCAUCAGUAAGUCAAGGUGCACUGCUAGGGACCGAAAGACGGGUUUUGUCGAGUGGCAGUACCUCCUACUGGUGCUCAGAGCGAAUGCCUAGUCAGCCAGCGUUGCCCACCGGUACAUACGCAAACAAGACGAAACCAAAUGGCACGUCCACCUUGUUUUGGCGGACGUUCCCUUGCGCGAGAGACGUCUGGAAGCCGUCAGCCGCUUUCUCGCAUCGCCUGCAUUUGAGUUUUCACACAGGCGGAAGCGACUAGAAGGCUCUAUGUAGUGCAGCCGGGAGACUCACCGCCACGACGGUAAAAACCUGGAGUCGUUUGCCGGAUCUGGUGCUAGUGUGGGUAAGGCAAAUACGUCGGAGAAACGGGGAAAUUACUCAAACAUAGACGGUCGAAAGCGCAGCAGCAGCGACAGGGUGGUAUGAUGUCACCUUCGAGAUAGUGACUAAUCCGACGGGGCCGUGUUAAACGGUCCAGACCGACGACUGACGGGAACUCUUCCGAAAGGUGGUGACCGCGUGGACCACCAGCCUCUGGAGUCAUGGUUUUCUACCAAUCAGUCCAAAAACAAGCAGUAUACCGUCUACUGAUAACAUGUCUGGACAUAUUGAUUAGCCAGGCGCGGAGGGUGUGGUCAAAAUUUAUCCAGUGCCAGUGUCGGUGAGCCAAAUUGCAGUCUGAGAAACAUGAGGGGCUCACCGGAUUAGUGGAAUUGAGUAACUGACGUUUCGGAAGGCUUCGCUGGCUCUCCAUAACCAUAGGGUUUUGUGAAAAAAAUUCGGCCAGAAUUUUUAACAAACGGCUGAAUAAGUUGACCUUUGACCGACCGAUUUUAUUCUUCUUCCGCCGCUUUAGCCCACUGGCUGUUGUCUGUGAAUGUAGGCGGCCUCCUGCGUUGUGUCGUCACCUCAAUGGGGGUAGGUCGCACAUGUGCUCUCCAUUUGGGUAAGUUAGUCGACGGGCCGUUUUCGCUCGGUUUUUGGGCUGCAUGUGGCCGUAUUACCUUGGUCAUGAUGUACAUAGUGGCGUAGGAUUUUAUAGGCCGCAGGAAGGUCUAGAUGCUUGUUGAUGGAUCUGGCAUCUGGGUGUCAAACCUCAAGUGUGUAACGUUCUGUCUUUGAGGUGCCCCGGCUUAAGGCUGUUGCUUUUUGGAAGUCAGAGCUGUAGUCAGUUUCUCCGAUGCGAAUCGCAAGCUGAGUUCGGAUCUAGUGUCCGAGUUGCCUGUUUGUGCUCAUGUAGGCGGGUCUGCCACCCAAGCCGUCCGAAACGUCAGCCACCAAAUUCGACUGGCACGGUGAGCCUUCAUAUUUCUCAGAUUAUCGACCCAUAUCUCUUAUAUGUACUAACCUGAAAUGUCAGAGUGAUUGUCCUACCAACAAUCAACACGAGUGAUAUAACUAAGGGUAUUGACGUUCUGGCUGAAGGCAACUAAGCCAUCAUUGUCCUAAAAUAACGAUCUACAAUGAAUGCAACUAUCUUCCCUCUGGAGGGACCCUCAUGUGUCUUAAAUAAACGAUUUAUUUAUUUAUUUAUGUGUGAUUCAGUCUAUUAAUACCCUCCAUGUGAUGACUGCUGGGCGUAUAACACCCCCCAGGACUUGGCCAGAGCCUCACCUGGAAGUGUCUUCUCCUGAUCGAAAUAAUCAGGACCUGUCGGCAAAUACCUAUCGUCAUUUAUGAGGCCCGAAAACAAUUGUUAACACCCCUCCCAACCCCUAUUUUUUCUCCGUUUGCACAACGCCUUCCGCAAGUUCGAUAGGUUCCCCUCUAGAGUAAGGUUCGCGCAUACAUUGACUACCUCCUAGCAUACAGCAGCAAGGCGGGGAACGCGAGAAUCCGAGCUUGAUGUUUACCCGCAACUGGUAGGGCACCAUCGUGCCUAUCCCGGCAGUGUGCCACCGAUGCUUCUAACCUAGAAUCCACCGGUCAUAUAGUCGACUCGAUUGGCAUCCACCCUCCUACCUGCCUUCCUAUUUGGCGAAUAUUCGCUAAUCACGUAUGGGUGUUAGUUGCAGAAGUUACUGGGGACAACAACUUCUGUCGGCGACACCUUCCCAGCUGAGCAGACGCAAUUUAUCCCCUCAAGAACCUGCUCCAGGGUGCCGAAUGUUGGUUGGAAUUUUUACCGGAAAUCCACACUGCUUCGGUCAGAUAACACCCCGUCAUUGCUGUCGAUGCAUCCGAAACUGCCGCUGGUGCAGUACUGUAGAAUCUCACAGGCACGACUCGGUCGACGGUGCACAUUUCUGAGGUGUUACUUGACGAUACUCAAAACAACACAUUUGGGAGUGAGUUUCUGGUAAUUCCUUGAGAGCAAAUACUCGCCGAACUAAUUGCCGAACAAAGUCAUCAUCUGUCCUGGUUCAUAGAUGUUCUGGCAGAUUUUGAAUAAUUCAUAUUGACUCAAUUGUGCAAAACUCGGCGCCUCGGUGGGAUUCGAAUCCACACAGUAAGGGGAAGGUUUUAGUACAGCCGAGUGGUUAGAGCGUUCGUUGAACUAAAGCCUUCCCCUUACUGCGUGGGUUCGAAUCCCACCGAGGCGUCGAGUUUUUCACAAUUGGGUCAAUAUGAGCUGUCCUGGUGACGAUGAUACCACUGUCCUCCCAUUAUCGGUGACUACAUCCAAAUGAAUAGAAGCGGAAAACACGAGAAGGAGUUGAGGGUCAAAGGAUAGAGUAUGCGCGGUCACCGCGGAAAAUCUGAAGACUAAUUUCCUACUUAACUACUCGACAAGAUGCAUCAAAAUAAUGCACUACGAAUUCUGACACAGCUUUGUCGACUGACCACGAAGUUAUGGUUCAUACAGACCUCGAAGCCAAAUGAGCCCACAUCGACAUGAUAAAUGGAGGGCGUUGUAGUUGAGGAAAAGGCCUAAUCACAAUCUUUUAUUGCCAAGACGCCAAGAAGGCAAUGGUCACCUUUAUUUUAGAUGUCAUUAGUUUGCGCAUUACGCUGGUUUAAAAAAGUCCGAAUUUUUAAAAUGAAACAAUGAAAGCUCCAUUAUCUCUCAUUAACAGCAGUAAUUCCAAUCUUGCAUUCUCCGUGCUAGUGUGUGUAGUAAAUAAGUACAUUUGGUUGGCACGUGGAAAAACAAUGAAUGUGGGAGAUGAAGUGGCGGAGUAGAAUGAGCAGGUUGAUCAAGUGGACUCGUCGGAAAGGCCCUCCACCUCCUCUUCGUCACCAUCCAGAGCCCUCCAGAAUUUUAGCGUCACCUGAAAUUCCACAGAAAGUUGUGCAAGACAUCAAAAACAGGCAGAAAGCGCCAUAUCGCCUAGACAGUACUGACGAGGAAAGAUCGUCAUUUUGAUAACUCGCAGAUCAUCUGGAAGAAAUUAAUACCUCAAAAGCAAAAAAGCCGUAAGACACAACAACUACUACUACUACUACUACUACCGGAAGCAGGUCUCGGAUAUCUACAUGAGUAAACUGCCACUUCGGGAUUACAGACUCAUCUUAACAGCAUCGACGCUUAGGAUAAGCACAAACACACCAAAUUACAAGUGUUGGCAAAACAAGUCACUACUCUUCGAUCGCCGACAUUUUUGUCGUCAUAACCCGACGUUUCCGAACGGUUCAACCUGUUCGUCAGUUAUCCAACCCACUGUAUUAUCGACUUAUGAUGAUGAUGAUGAUGAUGAUGAUGAUGAUGAUGAUGAUGAUGAUGAUGAUGAUGAUGAUGAUGAUGAUGAUGAUGAUGAUGAUGAUGAUGAUGAUGAUGAUGAUGAUGAUGAUGAUGAUGAUGAUGAUGAUGAUGAUGAUGAUGAUGAUGAUGAUGAUCGUAAGCAAAGCUCUCAAAGUUUACUUUAGCUAUUUGCUGCUUGGAGCUAUUAAAAUCUUAACGUUUGCAGGGCACUUUCUCAUGCCCACAGAUGAACGGAGGUCCGAAGCCUUUGCAUUCCAAUGGAAAAAAUAGACGCCUUGAGGUAGUAUAAACAAAUUUUUGUGGGGGUGAAUUUUUCCUGCGAAUAAUGAUUGCUUUCAUCCGCUGAGCGCUUUCAGACACAAUUCUGUUCCGGCUUCUAGGAGAGAAAUGUAAAUGUCAUCGCUUGACGUUAGAAAUUAGCAUGCCAUAUAACUGCGUGUUUCUUACAACGAACGAUAUCUGCGGUGGCAAACACAGUAGGCCAGCAUCACCGUUGCCGUGGUAUGAGGUUCCAAAAUUUAUUCCAUCACACCUUCAUCCGAAAUGUAUAAAACUGUAGCAGCCCUUUGGCCAACACUUUAACGAUAAUCAGUGGCACUUCUGGUUUGGGUGCCUUGGGAGGUCUCUAACAGCGGAAGGUGACUUGGGCAUUAAACAGUCAGUAAUCGUUUUGCCCUAUCAAUAAAAAGAAUCGUAAUUUUUCCUCCGAAACAAGUUCUAGUCGGGAAAGGUUAUUGGAAAGGGCAACAGAAGACGUAAAAAAACAGUUUUUCAUAGACCGAACACUAAGAGUGCAGGUGAUUGGCACUGGAAAAAUACCACGGAGACGGUCGUGACAGUUCUUUGGUGGUCGGUCUAUCACCAUUAAGAUGCAGCGAGACGGCCACUUGCGUAUGACAAAAGCGUUCCAGUCAAAACUUGUGUCGAACAAGAACGCUCGGACUCCCUUUAUUCGCCAACUAUCGACUUUUGACCCGGCGAAGGCACUCUCAGCAGGCAGAAUUCGACAGACACCAUCAAAAGACAGUUGAGUGAUUUGUGCCGAUGGCCAGCAGAACAAGGUGGUUCUUUUAUCCAGAGGGUUAGUCUACGAAAUUAAGAAGUCAAACCCUGGAGUCCAUAGAAAGUGAUUUCAGGGCCCGUUUUUACGUCGUUGUUAGAGGGGGAAUGCUCAUCAAAGCCCAACUUCAGUUCAGCGCCCAAGUUACACAACGGUGGAUUCAGUUACGACGACUAGGCAACCACAACCUAGAUAGUAUUCCGGACAUUCCUCAUGAAGGGCGGAAAGAUGUGGGAAUGCAAACGAUACUAGCGUAGACGCCGUUUCCUCCCUGGAAAAAAAACGGGAUAGUGUGUACACGGAAAUCCAUUUCCCCAUUUCAACUUCAUGCUCCCUUCCCCGUUAUCAACCACCCGAUCCAUACGCCGAUCCCCUGGGGAAGGCGCUUUGCGAUGGAGAUCCCCUUUCUGUUCUUUAGCUUCAAAACUGCUACCAAUCGCCUUACAGUUGGCCGUCGGCAGUGACGCCUCGAAAGUAAAGUUUUUGGGUUAG